AUGUCUUCUGAAGAAUAUCCAAUUAUUAGAAGCGGUGGUUCUCUUCUUCUGGCUUGGCGCACAAAAAACAAAAAUGUACUUAUUGUUGGUGGUGGUGAAGUUGCAACAAGUCGAGUCAUAAAAUCUUUAGAAGCAGACGCACUUAUAACAUUAGUAUGCCCAGAAAAAGGUCUUAAGGAUGAAUUAAAAUAUCGUAUUCAACAAAAACAAAUUCAUAAAUGGAUAAAUAGGGAAUUUGAAAAUUCCGACUUAGAGGGAAUUGAUAUGACUUUAGUAGCUAUUGAUGAUCCGAUUAGGUCAAAAGAAAUUUGCGUAAUGUGCCGAGAAAGGAAAAUUCCAGUGAAUGUAGCUGAUGUACCGUUGAUGUGUGAUUUUUACUUUAUGGCAGAACAUCGUGAUGGGCCACUUCAAAUAGCUGUAUCAACUAAUGGUCAAGGUCCAAAAUUAGCAACUAUAAUUCGUGACCGUUUAGCAGAGAAUUUACCAAAAGGAAUUGCAGGUGCAAUUAAGGGUGUUGGACUUUUAAGACAAAAAGUUAGAGAGACUGAUCCAAGUCAUACUUCGUCUAAAAAAAGAAUGAAUUGGAUGUCAAGAAUUUGUCAACAAUGGACCUUGGAAGAAUUACAACAGUUAGAUGAAGAAAAAAUUACUACAUUGAUGUCUUUUUACGAGAAUGAUGAUGUUCCUAAUAUUUCAUUGAUUAAAGAACGUACUUUACAGAAAGACCGAGAUGAAACUCUUGAAAAGCAAAUUGAUUCUAACAAAAAAGGCCGUAUCAUUCUGGUUGGGGCAGGUCCAGGAGAUCCAGAACUUAUGACUGUUAAAGCUACUAAAGCACUCAUGUCAGCAGAUUUAAUUGUAUCUGAUCGACUCGUUCCUCCUGCUAUAUUCUCAAAUGUUACAUGUGAAAUUCGUUUAGCACCUGCAAAAUCAGGGGAAGAUAAAACACCUGAAUCACAAGAUCAAAUUCAAACUUGGUGUCUUGAUGCAUUAAAUGAAGGUAAAACUGUCAUACGACUGAAAGUUGGUGAUCCAUUUUUGUUUGGACGUGGAGGAGAAGAAUUAGCAUACUUCAGAGAUAAAGGUUGGAACGUUGAAGUUAUUCCCGGAAUAAGUAGUGCAUUAUCGGCGCCGAUGGCCGCAGAUGUACCUGUGACACAUAGAGGGUUGUCAGACCAAGUACUCAUCAUAACUGGUCAGGGAACCAAAGGACGAUUUCCAGAACUACCUAAAUAUCACGAGAUGCGUACUACAGUUGUACUCAUGGCUGUUGGUAAAGCGAAUGAAUUAUCAAAAGAGUUAUUAGAUAAAGGGUAUCCCGAAAAUUUACCUUCAGUAUUUGUAGAGAAUAGUAAUCGUCCUGAAGAAAGGAUCAUUCCCGCGACGGUUUCAACAUUAGGUGAGGUGGUAGAAAAACAACAGGUAGUUUCUCCGGCGACACUUAUCAUUGGCCGAUCGGUAAAUGCAUUAACCAUUUAA